CUUGGUUUCAGAUCCUACCAAGUUCACCUACGGAGGCAAGCGCGAUUCGUUGUUGGGAUCUAUCAUUAUCCUCUUUUCUCCAAGACAGGCAACCUUUAUGAACCUUACGUCCAUCACGACCUAAUUACCUCCAGCUGAAGAGAGUUAAAGAUACCCAACGAAUUCCUGCCAUGGAUUCUACAAUCGCGAAACAGCUUGUGGACAAGAUGUACGAGAAACGAAAAGCAGCUGCGCUAGAUCUCGAAAAACUUAUACGAGAAUGUCAUCAACAGGGCGAUGAGCGUCGCAUAGCACAGAUUGUGGAUCAGCUCACCGACAUGUUCACCAGCACCUCUAAUGCGCUCCAUGUACGGAACGGAGGUCUCAUCGGUCUUGCUGGGACUGCUAUCGCCCUAGGCGUGAACAUCGCGCCGUACAUGGAGAGGUUUCUGGAGCCGCUCCUCAUCUGCUUUAACGAUCCCGAGAACAGAGUUCGUUAUUUCUCUGCAGAGUGCCUGUACAAUAUCGCGAAAGUAUCGAAGGGGGAGGUGCUGGUGUAUUUCAAUCCUAUAUUCGAUGCGCUCAGUAAACUAGCCGCCGAUCCAGAACUCUCUGUCAAGAACGGCGCCGAACUGCUUGACCGCUUGUUAAAGGACAUCGUCGCAGAGUCUGCAUCCUUUUAUGUUCCGCAUUAUCCUGGGACGGAAAAAUUACGAGAAGAGAAUGAUAUGGACAAUGGCAUUGUUGUGCCUCAUCCAGAUGAGUUAGACAGAGUGGAUAGGCCUGGUGCAAAGAAGGCGUUCUCUCUUGCACGCUUCAUCCCAUUACUAUCCGACAGGAUAUAUGUCAUCAGUCCAUUUACUCGCAGCUUUCUCGUCUCAUGGAUAACUGUCCUCGACUCUGUCCCAGAACUGGAGCUCAUCACAUACCUUCCCGACUUUAUGGAUGGCCUCCUUAAAUAUCUGUCGGACCCCACUGAAGACGUUCGAAUAGCUACAGAGAACCAGUUGGGAGAAUUUCUGCGCGAAAUUCGUGAAGUGACUAUCGUUCGUAAAGUCAAGGAGGAGCAAUAUAGGGCGCGCGAAGCGGAGCAGGCAGAGCCGACCCGACCCGAUGCCGAGAAGGAAAAGAUGUCCGAUGUGAACCCAUCCCAAGCGGACCCUGCUGUGUUUUUGAGAGACAGUGAAAGUGCUCUAGACGAGAACGACAACGAGAAGAUCAACGGAGCAGAUGAAUCGGAUAUUCCAGAGCCUUGGAUACCUGGACAGGGCGUUCAUAUCGAUUAUGCUGCUAUCAUCGAGAUACUGAUACAGCAGUUGGACAGUCAGCAUGAUGAAAUCCAGCAGUCUACAGCUCUACAAUGGCUCGCAGAAUUCCUAACAUUCGCACAAGAGGUGCUGGUUCCCUUCACUCCCCGUCUCAUACCAGCCAUCCUCCCAAAUCUCGCACACCACGUCCCCAUGAUUCAGAGUUCCGCCAACCGUACCAAUAAGCUCCUAGCCAAUGUCAUUCAAUCGCUCCCCCCACCCUCAGAGACACCCAGUCGACAAGGUACAUCCGAGCGGCCACCACCAUCAGCUCCCGCACGCAACGUCCCACCGUCACCCCUCCCUGCUCCAAAUUCACCGGCGGCCUCCCGCCAGUCUACUCUCCCUGGCCAAUCUCGAGAGCUGAGCUCCCCUGAAUCUAUAGCAGAAUCAACUAAUCCAGAGGCUUUUGACUAUCAGGCGACGGUAAAUGCUUUGACGAUUCAGUUCUUGAGCGAACACGAAGAGACGAGAGUUGCUGCGCUCAAAUGGCUCAUCAUGCUGCACCAGAAGGCGCCAAAGAAGAUUCUAGCAAUGGACGACGGCACUUUUCCCGCACUCCUCAAGACUCUCUCAGAUUCUUCAGAGGAGGUCAUUAAACAUGAUCUUCAACUGUUGGCUCAAAUCUCGUCAAGCUCGGAAGAGAGUUAUUUUAAAGCUUUCAUGAUCAACCUUCUGGAGCUUUUCAGCACCGACCGUCGGUUGCUAGAUACACGAGGCAGUCUUAUCAUUCGACAGCUAUGUUUCAACCUCAAUACUGAAAGGAUCUACAAGGCGUUUGCUGAGAUCCUGGAGAAGGAAGAGGACCUUGAAUUCGCUAGUGUCAUCGUCCAAAAGUUGAACAUGAUUCUCAUAACAUCACCAGAAUUAGCAGACUUCCGGAGGAGGCUGAAGAGUCUGGAAACACGGCAGGACGGCCAGGCGCUAUUCGUGACCUUAUAUCGAUCAUGGUGCCAUAAUGCCGUCGCCGUGUUUUCUUUAUGCCUUCUCGCCCAAGCUUACGAGCACGCGUCUAAUCUUCUUAGCAUCUUUGCUGAUCUCGAGAUUACUGUGCCACUGCUGGUUCAGGUCGACAAGCUAGUACAGAUGAUCGAGUCACCCGUUUUCACAUAUAUUCGUUUGCAGCUUUUGGAACCUGAUCGAUAUCCCUAUCUAUUCAAGUGCCUCUAUGGCCUUCUCAUGAUCCUACCUCAAAGCUCUGCCUUUGUUUCUCUUCGCAAUCGUCUCAACGCCGUAAACUCUGCCGGCUUUCUCCAUAUCGCUCCUAAACCGCCAGUCUCCGCCAUGUCCACGCGGUCCAAACUUGCCCGAGAUGAGAUCAAAUGGGCUGACCUCCUUUCGCAUUUUCGGGCCGUGCAGGCAAGGCACGAGAAAGCUCGCCGCAUCGCCCUCGGCACGUCAGGAGACAGCUUCUCGAACGGCGUUUCCUCCGCAUCUGAGGCCCCGUCAUCAUCUCGUCCUUUGAUGCGACGGAGAGUGACUGGUGGGGAGCCACCUGUACCGUUACAGUCAGCUGUGCGGCCACCCUCGCGGUCCGGUGGUGCUUUGAGCCCAUUGAAUCCUAGGUCGAGGGUUCAAGGCGGGCUGUUGGCGUCAGCGCUAUCAUCUCAAGGGCAGGCUGGCUCCAAGCCGAAGAGAGGAUUGAGCCUCAAUCGGAAAUCAUGAUAGGGACACAGGAUUUCACGCCAGAAUCCUGUGUUGUACAUACAGACACUUUCUCUUUGUGAGAUGUCAUCCAUGCCUUCGUCUUCGCUGCGAUUCCUGCUUCUUUGUCAGUUCAAUACAUCUCACAUUUGCCUCGGCGUCUCU